CUGGUGAUAAGAAAUCGCACAAAAGUUAUAUACUCAAAAAAAAAAGUUUUGCAGAUUGGAGUUGGGGGUGGCGGUAUAUUUGAUUUUAGUGAUGUCAAAAAUAAAUUAUUACAAUGGAAAAAUCAAAAAAAUGCAAUUUUAUGUCCAUCUAAGGGUGCUCAACUCCAGAAAUUACUUAACGUGGUUUGCAGUACAGCGCAACCCACUAAUGUUACUCUGAGAGACGGUUGUAUAAGUUGUUUUUCAAGAGUUACCGCAAUGCCUGAGGGGCCACAGGAGUUGACCGGGUUAAGCCUUUGUGCUGUUCAAUAUUUCGCAAGUACUUCUUAUGCUAACUGUGCUACAGAACUGGUGGCACUGUCAACUUCGUCACUCAAUGUGCAGCCAUCGGGAUGUUAUGUGGGAUAUUGUGACUUUGCACGCUGCUUGAGGCGAAUUAAUUCCAUGAAUUUGAUCACUCAAUGCACUCGGGAGGCCAGGACCGGUAUAAAUAUAACAUUGGAUAGCGAUAAUGUACGGUUUUAUACAAAUGUAACAUCCUGUAUUCUUGCGAAGACGAAAUGUAGUUCAUUUAAUCCCAUAACUGGAGAACCGCAAACACCGGGAUAUACUUCAUCAGGAAUUAAAAUUAGUACCGCCCUUCAGUUUUCCGCUUCAAGGGAGCUUAGAAUAUUAUCUUUUCCAGAAACAACACCCGUUAUAUCCUCUUUUUGUUCAAGGGCUUCUAAUUUAACACAGACGAAUUGGCUCACUAAUAUAUGCUAG